GUGGCCACAGAAAUGCGGCUUCGAGAAGAGCAAGCAUUGGCCGCUCAGGCCAAAACGUCGGACCUGGAAUCGCAGCUCGCAGCAGUGAAGGAGGAGGUAGCCUCCUACCGGACUGCUCAAGUGUCGGGCAACCAGGUGGCCGAGCAGCUCCAGAGCAGGUUGCAGGCGUCAGAAGAGCGCUGCAUGGACUUGGAGGUGCAAAGUGCCGAGCUCGAGAAGAAGCUUCGGGCAGCGACGGAAGAGGCAGCUCAACGACUUCACGCCAAAGUGCAGGAGUCGGAGAAGCGCUACACCGAUUCGGAGGCUGUGAAGCAAAAGCUGGCGGACGAUCUUCGGAUCCGAGGGGAGGAGUUGGAGGCGGCCCACAGACGAUGC